AUGAUCUUCUCAACUUAUGUGCUUCACAUGCCUCAAAGAUGCUUGCCCUUAAGACCCACGGAUGAGGAGCUCUUCUCCCCGGCAAUUCUGGGAGAUGGAGAAGCGCUCCAUACAGCGGUGGGUCAAAACAUGUGGUGUGUCAACUUGGAGGAUCUUCGUCAGCUGCGGCGCCUGGUGAUGCACGCAGUGGCGCGUGGCACGGUUCGACCCACCGAUCGAGAUCCAUUUGACUUGAAGGACUAUGCGAUUGGUCCGUCGGUUUACACGGUGACCGAGCAGUUUCUGAAGCCAAUCACCGGUCAGGCCGGGCAGAUGAGCUGGGCCCUGAUGAAACAUGCAGAUGGCUUGCCAUGCGAUCUCUUUGUGACACAUGCCUGGGCCGAAGGUAUCUAUGAGCUCAUCGCUCGCGUGGAGCAUUCUUGGCCGAGGGGUAUGCGGGGUGCAUACAUUUGCUUCCUGUCCAACCCGCAAAAUCUCAACAUUGAAGCCUUGAUUGCAAGCCCAAGGGAGUCGCCCUUUGCACUGGCUCUUCAAUCAGCUUCACUUCUACUUGUUUGUCCGAAUGAACACCGCAGCAUCUACACGCGGCUUUGGUGCGUCUAUGAAGCUUUUCUCGCCUACUCUUGGCAGAAGGAGAUUCGCACGGCGACCAAAUACCACGAAGGUUUCUAUUGCUUGUUGAUGCGCUGGUCUUUUUGGCAGCUCGGCUGA